AUGACCUUCAGCAAUCAAGCUAAUAAUGUGACUGAAGUCAGUUUUGUUAUUGCCUGGAAUAUUGCUCGUGCAAAACGCCCAUAUGGAGAGAGAAAGUUUAUUAAAAAAAACUUGGAAGAUGCACUUAAAGUUUUAGAUCCAAAUAAUGAAGCAUUGCACAAAGUUGUUUCGCAAAUUCCCAUCUCGAGACACACAACUGAACGACGCAUAACUGCAAUUAAUACAUCUCUUGAAUAUAAUUUAAAAAAUGAUUUGAAGAACUGUAUUGUAUUCAGCUUAGCCCUUGAUGAAUCUACAGAUACCGCAGAUCUUCCGCAAUUGGCAGUUUUCAUACGUUUUGUUUCACCUGACUUCGUUGUUAAAGAAGAAUUAUUAGAUUUAGUCGCAUAUCAAGAGUCAACCCGCGGUGUCGAUAUUAAAAAUGCAUUAAAUUCCAUAACGAAAUCUUUUGAUAUGCCUCUUAAUAAACUUGUCAGCAUUGCAAAUGAUGGAGCUCUGGCAAUGCUGGAUAAAAAAAAUCGGUCUUAUUGGGCUUUUAAGAGAUGA